UAUUCAGCAGCCUUUGUAGUCACAUUUAACAAACAAAUCGAUCAUUGGUAAGUACCUUAAAUUCAGUGGGAUCAGAAUAUACAACAUCGGAUCAAAUUAACAUGCGGUGUUACGCGCCACUGACGUUUAGAUAAAGGUCUCCUGAUUAAUUAAUACAACAUUCGCCGUCAGUAUAGACGCGGAAGAUGCAGCAGUGCUCCUGGCCGCUCAUUUCUCGUGGUUCAUGUUAUGAUAACCACUGAUUAAACAUGUUAGUGGAACAGAUGUUCGCGCUUAUGUUCUCUAAUUUUCUGGAACCAACUGGGAACAUUGUUCUGGUCAGGAGUCAGUUAAGCUGUGCUGCGGCUUGCACUGGUGUGGAGGACUGUUCUUCCUUCUUCUACAACCCCGACAGCAGGUCUUGUCUGGUCACUCUCCAGCGACACUUCACCAGUGCCGGGCUGGUUGCAGCAGCUGGCUACAAGUACUACAUGGCACGCUCAGACUGCGACCAAGAAUGGGCUGUAUUCGGGAUGUCCUGCUACUGGAAGAGUCCAGUAGCACAAAAUGUUGGACAAGCAAGGGUGACAUGUAUUAAUAAGGGCGGACUCAUGGCAUCUACCAAUACACCAAAUGAAAACAGACUCAUCAAGAAAGAAUUUGGAUCAGGAUUUUGGAUCGGAGGUAGUGAUGAAGUGGAGGAAGGGAAGUGGAUCUGGCCAGAUGGUCAGCCGGUCACUCUGAACUAUUGGGCCGAGGGUCAACCGGACAACGGAUCCAGCGACCACUGUAUGGAACAAUGGGGACAUAAGGAGGGGUGGAACGAUGGACCCUGUUGGUUUCCUCUGUCGUUUCUAUGUGAAAAAUAAUUUUCAGCAUAAAGUAGCAUAACAUUUAAUCAUACCUAACAGUUGAAUGCAGGACUCUGAUUGGUUGAGAGCAAUUCUAUUAUUUCCAAUAUACCCCAGUAACAUGUAAGUUACAUUUGUAAUUCCCCGCCCGAAUUGCCGAACGCAUGGCAUUACAUAUAAAACAUACCAACCGCGCACUUGUUUCUCAAAUAAUUGAUAUAAGACGCUAUUCUCCGGAUAUUAACGAUAUUUUCCGAAUGAAAAAGAUCUAGGGGGAAUAACUCUGAGUUUGUUUUCUGUCGUCUGCUAAUGAACGCAUUCGUGACCAACUCGUGUUAUUCCGAGACAAGUUACGGAAAGGGGCGAGUGGUGACGAAUGCUAAUCGUCAUCAACCAAUGUCCGCCUCGAGAGCGAUGAACAACAACAUCUUUGGAUAUAAUAUUAAGAGGAAUGGAACGAUGGACAAUGACGGUUUCCUCUUUCAUUACUACGUGAAAAAUUUAUUCAAAAUGAGCGUAUAUUAAGAUUAUAUAACCUAGGGAUCGGCCGCGUUGAUUUUCCUUUUCAUUGUAGAAGUACGUCAAAUGGAAGAUAAAGUCGUAUAAUAGUUGUAACGUCACUAUAUCGAAGCAGUAAAGGUACUUGCAUGGUAUGGGGCGGUGUGGUAGCCUUGUGGUUGAAGCGUUCGCUCGUCACGCUUAAGACCCGGGUUUGAUUCUCCUCAUGCGUACAAUACGAGAAGCCCAUUUAUGGUGUCCCUCUUCGUGAUAUUGCUGGAACAGUGUUGAAAAGCGCGCAAAACCGUAAUCACUCACAUACUUGCAUGACAUGACUUGGGUUUACUUUCAAAAGCUUAUAUUAAUAUAAUUGUUGUCAUUUUCCUAUUCGCGGGAACUGAACACGUUUAUCCAUACCCGUGUUUUAUUGCUGCGAGGCGAGGGUCUUACAUCUAAAAGUAUUAAUUUUUUUAUGAAUCAAUGUGUUAUUCAGUUGUUAUCAGUCACUCUUUUCCGCCAUGAAUUCUAUUGUAUAUAUUAUUUGAGACAAUCACCUCUUUGCAGUCUAAACAACGUGUAUUUUCAAUCAAGUUCUUUGUUUAAAACGUAGUUAUACUUUAUUACUUGCACCUUUCUUUUUAGGACUAUUAUAUUAUAUUUAGGGUUAAAAUUUCAAUAAUUUAAUCUAUGAAAUUGGAAAUUUGUAUCAUAUCUACUAAAGCUUAAAAUAAAAAUUGGCAAUUAA